GUGCUUGUGGCGUUUGGUGCGGUCUACGCUACGUUUCGUCACUAGAAUUGAAUUCAUACUCAUUUGAAUAGUGUUUUUAGGCCCUACUCCGCCAUUACUAUUAAUUUUUUUUCGUUUUCAUUAUUUUAUUCAUUCGUUAUGAACUAGUUGUGUGUGCCAUGUGAAAACAAUGUAUCAAUGAUUCCCCAAUAAGUGUUUGAGAAGUGUAUCAUUUCCUGUUCCAUAUCGUACAGAAAACAAGCUACUUCGACCGCUUGCGAACUCUAUUCGUUAUCACAAGCGCGCUGUACGCCUUUGGUCUUCGCCUUUCAUCUCUCAAGAGCCGGCUGGUGAUUGAUCCGGAGAAUGACUGCUAAUAGCAGUUUAGUGAAGUGCAGAACAGUGUUAAUGUUGUGAACGAGUGUAUAAGUGAAACGUUAUAUAAGGUUGGAAUGAGUGAAGUAGGAAGCCCGCCCUGACGCGUCUUGCGCCGGCGUCCGCGGCGGGCGACGCUCGUGUCAUGGCCCCGGCGCUUUCUGUGACACCCCAAUUUAACCACUUCGACGCGACCAACGAGACCGAGAAGCUAACCCACCGAAGACGGGCCCUCGCGUCCGUCGACAACCUCGCUAUACCCAUGGAGGAAGACGACAUGGGACUCCAAAAUCAACCUAGCCUAGCUAAAGAUUCACAAGAAAUGGAACAGAUCCUAGUAGAUCUGGGUAAUAGUGAUCUGGUUCAAGCAGACCUCCUCCAAGCAAUUAAAACAUUGGAAAGUGGAGGGGAUACUUUGUCUACUGGUGAUCCGGAUGUAAUAUUUCCUCUUAGUGGAUUUGAUCUUGCUGAUACUGCUGAUUCUGAAGGAGAUGCUGCAGAGGACAAGGUUAGACUACUACAAGCGCGCCUAGAACGCCGUUGUGCAUUUUUGUUGCGACGUUUGAGGAUACUACAAGCACGUGCAAUUGGUAAGAAAAUAUCAGAAGAAGCAGCUCAGUCAUUUGAAAAAAGUGCUCGUGGUGCUCGCAAAGAUGGUGGAGGGAGACCAAUGGGAAUCAAAGCUUUGUUAAAAAGAAUAGAGACCACUGCGGCCUUACAGGCUAAUGCAGCUUCCCGUUCCGUAGUUGGCCCUAAAUACUAUAGAGCGGGAACAUCCAAAGGUGAUGCUACCCGAUCAGCAUCCAUUGGAAUAGCUUCCGGUACUCUAGCUGGCUUGGAGGACUCUGCAGGUGCACUCCGUUCUCAUUUAUCUGUGGUUAAACAUCAGUUAGACUCGGAUGCUACUGCUUCGUCAUCAGGAGCUGAGAGUAACGAUGAAGCAGUCACAUACAACAAUCCCCAUCAACAGCACAUGCCUAUUGAGAAACGAGCACUGUGGUCGUGGCAGAAGGCGCGCGCGUCGAUCGCGUCGCGCUGGUGCUGGCUGCAGGUCCAGGUGCAGGAGCUGGAGUACAAGAUCCGCCAGCACAAUGACUUGCACAGACAGGUCCGCGAAGCUAAAGGUUCCGUGCAAUUCGAAGGCGAGCCAGUAGGCUACGAGGGCAGUCUUCCCGGUGACGAUGAGUGCUCGUGCGCUCGUGUACGACCGCUGAGGAGGGACACGUUCAAGAAGAGGAAGCUCCUGCAGAUGCACAAUCUGCACAUAGCCACAACAAAAGCGGCUAAACCUUCGGACGUCAAAUGCAGCUGCCGCCGCAACGUGGAGAGUUGCUCGGUGUGCACGGGGCGCGCCGAGCCCACGCAACCCGCGCCGCCCGCCGCUACACUGCCGCCGCGCCGUCGCCUCGCGCUCGUCGACCCCGCCUACCACCCCGUGCUUAGCGAUGUCAAAGAUAUAUCCCCAUCGGUGCACCUCUCGGCGCUGUCGUCGCGUUCGUGGUUCCGGUCGCGCUGCGGCAAGGCGUGGCGCGCGCACGUGGCCGCGCCCCGCGCCGCGCCCGCCCCGCCCGCGCCCCGCGCACCCCGUCGACACCCCACCAGAUUGAAAAGAGGCCGUCCACCUUUAUCGCGAAAAAUAAAAGAACGAGAUAGGGAUGAAGAGACGUCAACAUCCGGACAAGACAGGCGCGGUCGCAGUAGCACUGAGUGGCGCACGUGGCGACGACAGUCGUUCGAUAUCGAUAACAUUGUCAUACCCCAGAGCGUAGCCGCCAACACGCGACCGGAGAUACUCACCUACAAGGAGAUCAUAACGCCAAAAUGGCGAGUAAUGGAGAUACCGGAAACACCACUAAAUAAUGGUGUAAUGAAGUUUAACAGAAUGUCAUUUGAGAGCGAAGAGGAAGACAUUUCGGAAGCUGCGGUUCAAGCACGACACACUCGCGCAGAGUGCCGCGAGCGAAACCGAUACCUGCGCAAGCGGCGCUCGCGUCGUAACCACGCCGACACUGACACUGAGCACGACCCACACGAGCAGCAUCAGCUCGACCAACCACCGAUGAUGCAGCCGCUCUCACCGCCACCGCAACCACUGAUGAUGUACCAACAAUCACCACCACAACCACUACCGCCGCCACCACUUGUACCGAUACAGCAAACGAUCGCGUUACAACGACAGUCAUCUCCAACAGAACAUCAUGAGACAGUGAGACCAUACUCUCCAAGACAAUUCCCGUUGCCAGAUGUCCUGUAUAUCGAGAUGUUAUCCAACAUGCCGGAAGGCUAUCGACCUAGCAGUCCUGAACCGACGCCGCCGAGAAUAGAUGAAGAAGGCGAUGAAUUGAGCACACUAUCCCCAUUAUCACCCUUAGUAUUUGAUGGUGAUGAUCCUGAUGAUGCAGAAUGGAAUCCUGGGAGAGAGAAGUCAGAGAGACGAAAAAGUACACUCAGGUGAAUUUGUGUUUAUUACUCUUAAAGCCAUCUGACACAGCAGAAGUCAUGAUAAAAUUAGUUUUAGGAAACUAAAAAUUAUUAAACUUUAAUGGCUAUUUCUAAAAUAGUUUAGAAACACAGCAAUUUUUUGGUAAUUCAUCCAUACAUUUCUAUUGACAUCAAAUAUAUUUCGUUUUUUUAAAUUUCUUUUGUAAAAAUCACAUAUUAUUCCUGAAUAUAAUAAAAUUAAAAGUAUAUUUGCAAAACGAUAAAUAUAUCCUUAACUUUUGGGUUGUAACACAAUUUAUACAUGCAUAAUAUUUUGUGAAUAUCAAUGCAAAACAAUAUCUUAUAUUAGUCCUUUCCAAUUCCAAUAUUAUUUAAUAUAAUACUGAUUUAAAAGACCAAACCAUUUAUAUAUGUUUUGCUAUUCAAAUAAUAUUAUGACAAUUGCGAUUCUGUAACUCUAUUAGUCAAAGAUAUAUAUAAUAUAUUACAAAAUAAAUAAAUAAAAGAAUGUUUUGGAUCACAUGUAACAAUACAAGCCAAGUCAUUUUAUUUACAGUAUUUAACAUAGCAAUUUGUUAUUAUUAUAUAGUAUAAAUAGUUUCGGAAAGGACUAUAUAAAUAUUACAUUUAAAGCUAGUAUUACAUAUAAUUUUAUCAUUCACAAUUCAUGUUAUAUUGCAAAUUAAUGACACUGCAUUUUUAUUUAUUCGAAUCUGACAUAAUUAUCUAACACUCAACCAGUUCAACGACUACAGAAAAAAAUAUCUUUAAAAUAUUUGUAUAAUUAUAUAUGUAAGAAAAUAAAUAGAUUAUAAGAAGAUUCGAUUAAUCUAUCAGAUCUCAAUGUAUGGUAAAAAUCUUUCAUUUUGUAUUAACUUUUUAUUAUUAAUUCUAUCUAUUUUUGUGUUUAACUUUGACAGGUUUCAUUUUUAAAUUGAUUUUUGCGUUUUUCAUUUUAUAGUUAUUACAAUAUUAUUCUAGUAAUUUCUAUGUGGUUAUGAAAUUAAUGGCAUUCGCUAAACUCCAAAAGCUUUAUUACUUUUAAGAUAAUGUUAACUUGUAUAAAGAUAACUUGUAAAAAAUGUAAAAUAAUAAUGAAGUAAGAUUCCUUAAUUCUUAUUUACGAAUUAAUGUACAGAUUGUAAGUACAUCCAGUGUCUUUAACUUUAAGCUCACCCUAACUAAUUCCUCAUAGUUCAAAUUAUUCCUAAUUUUAAUAUAUCAAAUUGUAUAAUAUAUGACAAACACUUUGUUCAUUUCCUGCACAAGUAAAACAACUUUAAAAAUCUACAAUUACAUUAAAAGUAUAUAACAUUCAGGGCAAACACGCCUUAGUCUACGAAAAUAUUAUAUAUGUACUUGGGAAUGGGUGCCUUUGAUUUUUGUCAUAAUCUAUCUGGGAGUAAUAGAUAUAUGAUUUGUUUAUUCAAUGUUAGAGUAAGUAUUUCUAGUGAAACCUGCCCGAAUACGCUAAGCGAUUUGUAAAUAUUAAUGGGCACUGAAUAGUAACUAAUAGACUGGCUAUAAAUAAUUUGAAUCUCUAUAAGAGUUCCAUUAUCACUUUACAUAACUUGGAAACAUUGAUUUAUAUUUGAAAAAUAACAAUUUUCAACAGUAGCAGUCAAAAUUCUAGGUGUAGUUUUGUUAUUUUUACAUUCAAGCUACUUUUCAUUCUUCUCUUAUUUAUUUAAGGAUGUGAUACUCGGUGGUUGCAUGGAGUAUGCAGGAUUGAAAUGUUUGAUUUGUAAUUUUAUGAUUUGAAUUAAUGACAUGUCAGGGAAAUUAAAGGUAUUUCAAUUGUUUCAUGUUUUUAGUGUUACAUAUUUUUGAUUAAUACAUGAAUUUUAUUUAAAAAUUCAAUUUUUAAGAAAAAAAAAAUAGAAACAAACUUGAGACCGAUCAACAGUAUACUUUUAUAUUUCUCUUCAAGUCAUUAAAAUAGCAUUUUGCUUGUAUUUUGUAAAGAGGGUGACAAAUUAGAUGAAGUAAUAUUUUAAUGUUUUUAAUUGAAAGGAAGCCAAAGUCUUCUUGUUUAUUGUAAGAGUAGUUUAGGUUUAAAGUGACGAUUGAAGUCAAGCGCUUGAGAUAUACAAAAUGUGUUGUAUAUGUUAGUAUGCAGAAUAAAAAUAAAAAUU